GAAGAGUGAUAUAGUGUUACCUUUAAUAGACAAAAAUGAAGUCUGACACACUUCUUGACUAUGCUGUAUUCCAAUUGUCUCCAAAGCGUUCAAGAUGUGAGUUGCUUGUUUCAAGUGAUGGAAACACUGAGAAACUAGCAUCAGGAUUAGUAAAGCCAUUCUUGACCCAUUUAAAGGUUGCAGAAGAGCAAGUUGCGCUAGCUGUUCAGUCAAUUAAGCUAGAAAUUGAUGCACAUAAAAAUGCUGAGACGUGGUUUACAAAAGGAACAUUUGAGAGGUUUGUGAGGUUUGUUAGCACGCCGGAGGUUUUAGAAAUAGUCAAUACCUUUGAUGCAGAGAUGUCCCAAUUGGAAGCAGCACGAAAAAUAUAUUCUCAGGGGGCAAGAGAUCAGCGUACGGACUCACAAGGUCGGGAUGGAACAGGAGCCAUUGCAGCUGCAGAUGCAACCACGAAGGAACUCCUAAGGGCUAUUGAUGUACGACUUGGUGCAGUUAGGCAGGACUUAACCACAGCAUGUGCUCGUGCAUCAGCUUCUGGUUUCAAUCCUCACACUGUGUCUCAACUUCAUCAUUUUGCAGAUCGAUUUGGUGCUCAUCGCUUGAAUGAUGCAUGCACUAAAUAUAUGUCACUGUAUGAAAGAAGACCGGACCUUAUAAACACAUGGAAGCCACGUGUCGAUGAUAGGGAACUCCGUUCAUCAGUGGGCUCGGACAUGUCCAUUGACAAUGACGAGCCUAAUGAAGCCCAAGCCCAAGUACCUGAGCCACCAAAGCCCUCCACGUGGCAACAGCCCAAGAACUUUGCCACCUUCGCUUCGCUACGACGUAGCAGCAACAGCAACAACGACGUAAACGAGAAAGACGAAGCCAACGACGACAUCAAAGAGGAGGCAACCCCGACGUCGCCGUCGCCUUCGCCGCCGACAACAUCAACGGCUCCGGCGACGCGGCGGCUGAGCGUGCAGGACCGGAUCAACCUCUUCGAGAACAAACAGAAGGAGAAUUCCUCCGGCAAACCGGUUCGGAGGCUCUCUUCCGACGUUUUCCGAAGGUGGAGUGGUGCCAGUGACAUGAGCAUUGACGUCAGUGGUGAGAAGAAGGAUUCUGAAAGCCCAAGCCCAAAUAAUAAGGAGGAUCGUGACGACAAUUCAGACAAGGUUGUGAGAACUGAUAAAGGGUCUUCUCAGGAGAUGGGUGCUUCCGAGGCAACAUUGAAUGGUUCUGAGGUUGUUGGAAGAAAAAAAAGCCAGGUUGGUUCUAUGUUGUCUUCUGGAGAUGUGAUGUCUGAUGUCAAAUUUUCUGGUGGGAUGAAAAAUCAUGUGGUUUCCCAGUCACUUGUUUGGGGUCCCCGUGGUCAUUCUCGAUCUCAAUCUGCACAAUUUGAAGGUGGUAUUGGACUCAAAUUGAAGGAAGCUUCUGUUCGUGUUGAGGGUGUUGGUUCUGCAGACUUUGAGGACUCUCCUUCAUCAUUCUCUACCAAGAAGCAAAAGGAUGAGGAGGCUUCUCAAGUCCCAAAAAUGAAGUAUCAAAAGCCUCAACCUACUAGUCAUGAACAAAUAAGCAUGUCACAUGGUAAAAGGGGUGAAAUUCGGGGUGGAAAUGAGAGUAGCAAGCUGAACCUUCCUGGUAAACAAGUAUUGGAGAGCCAGGAUAAUGCCAAUGUAACCUCAACUGCGCCUUUAGACCAAUUUCAGAGAGGAAGGCAGUCUAAAGGAAAUCAGGGGUUACAUGAUGAGCUGAAAAUGAAGGCAGAUGAGCUUGAAAAGCUCUUUGCAGAGCAUAAACUGAGGGUUCCUGGGGACCAGUCUGGUUCUGCCCGGAGAAUUGAGCCUGUGGAUGCACAUGUUGAACAGGCUGUUAACUCACAGUAUAGAAGUCCUGGAGUAGGGGAGUUAACUCCUCAGUUGCCUUCCAGAAGCGCUAUGCUUGAACAGGCUGCGAGUUCUAGCAAUUUGGCAAACUUUGAUGCUAAGUCACUUAUUAAGGGGGUGGGUAGUCACGAUUAUGGCGAUGCUCUAAGGAAAAGUUUCUCGGAUCUUAACUUUGGGGAUGAUUCUAGAGGGAAAUUUUAUGAAAAGUACAUGAAGAAGAGGAAUGCUAAACUUCGGAGAGAAUGGAGUUUGAACAGAGCAGAGAAAGAAGCUAGGAUGAAGGCCAUGCAGGAUAGUCUUGAACAGAGUAGAGCUGAGAUGAAAGCCAAGUUUUCAGGGUCUAUAAACAGACAAGAUACAGUGUUAGAAGCUCAACGUGCUGAGAAACUUAGAUAUUUCAAAUCAAAUGUUAAGAGAGACCAGCAUCCGAUAGAUUCCCUUCAGAAUGAAGAGGAUGAAGAUCUUUCUGAAUUCUCAGAAGAAAAGAUUUAUGGUGCGUCAAGGCAAACUAGGAAAACUUUUCCCAACAGACAUAUGUCUUCAGGAACACCUCGCACAACAGCAGCAUCGAUCUCACGUUCAUCUGGCAGGCGAAGAGACAAUCCUCUUGCUCAGUCUGUUCCAAACUUCCCUGAUUUAAGAAAAGAAAAUACAAAGCCUUCUUCUGGAGUCAGUAAAACGGCCCGUUCUCAGGUGAGAAGCUAUGCCCGUAGCAAAAGCACUAUUGAAGAGAUGCAAGGUAUCAAGGAAGAAAAGCCAAGGAGAACUCAGUCUCUACGGAAAAGUUCUGCUAAUCCUGCAGAGUUUAAGGAUUUGUCCCCUUUGAAAUCAGAUGGGAUUGUUUUGACUCCAUUGGAAUUUGAUAUGGAUGAGACCGAUCAGUCACCAAGGUCUUUCCUUAAAAAGGGUAAUAGCAUAGGCCCAGGUUCUGAAAUCAAUGCUAUGAGGAUGAAAGUUUCAAUGGCAUCUGAUACUCGGAAAAAUAAAGAAUUUGAUGACCUAGAAUUUGAUGGGGAAGAUUCUUUGCAUAUGGCCAUGGAGGAACAUGAUGAAAUUGAAACUAUGGCUAUUGAAGAAUGUCCUUAUGAUAAUAAUGGAAAGGUCAGCUUGAGCCAGGAAUCUGUGAAAUCUGGUAAUUCUGGAUCUGAGAUUGGUGAUUCUACAAUGUCUCUUGCUCAGGUAGACCCUAUUUCAGUGGGUGAAAUGCAUACUGUGUUUUCAUCAGCUUUCAACGGUGUAGGAUCUCUGCAGGACUCUCCAGUUGAAAGUCCUGUGUGGAACUCACACAUGCCUCAUCAUUUUUCUUACCCACAUGAGUCCUCUGACAUUGAUGUUUCUAUGGAUUCUCCAAUCGGAAGCCCUGCAUCUUGGAAUUCUCAUUCCCUUAACCAGGGUGAGAAUGAUGCUGCUCGAAUGAGGAAAAAAUGGGGAAGUGCUCAAAAACCAUAUCUUGUUACUAAUUCAUCCCAAAAUCAACCCCGCAGGGAUGUCACAAAAGGUUUUAAGCGAUUACUAAAGUUUGGGAGAAAAACUCGUGGGUCGGAGAGUUUGGUUGAUUGGAUCUCUGCUACAACUUCUGAAGGAGAUGAUGAUACCGAAGAUAGCCAAGAUCCUGCCAAUCGGUCAUCAGAAGAUUUGAGGAAAUCAAGAAUGGGAUUCUCUCAUGGUCAUCCUUCUGCUGAUGACAGUUUCAAGGAAUGUGAGCUGUUCAAUGAACAGGUCCAAUCCAUGCAAAGCUCUAUCCCUGCACCUCGUACUCAUUUUAAACUGAGGGAUGAUCAUAUAUCAGGAAGUUCGUUAAAAGCUCCCAAAUCAUUUUUUUCACUCUCAACUUUCCGAAGCAAAGGUAGUGACUCGAAACCCAGAUGAAACUUCCCUGAGUUGGCCUGGCAAGUAUUUUGGAUCAUCUUCAAUGGUAGGGUGUAAAGGACAAUAUUAAAUAUGAUACAGAAAAGAGAGGUAGGCAUGAUACAUUGAUCUAUAUGAAAGAUAUAUACGAUGGGGAUGGGGCUAUGUAAAUUUUCUUUGGAUUCAUGAGGUUUUCCCCUAUGAUUUAGUUAUGGUUGUGUUGAAAUAUGCUCCAUACUGUGUAGUACAUGAAGAGUCGCCUAAUGGUGCAAUGUAAUUUUGGCAGUAGCGGCAUUCUUUUACCCGUUUAUUUUGAUUUACUUGUGUAAUGUAUAUCAGAGUUGAACUCCUGCUAGAAUGAAUCAGUAUAGUCAGACUUAAGAAGAGUAAUGUGAUUGCGGAGUAAAAUAAUAGUUUUCAAAGGAUUAUUUCCCUCUCCCCCCUAAAAGAACG